CGACACCAUCCUAGCGCAGGAGUCGGAGAGGGGCUCCACGAUAUAUGCCGUGAGGUUCAGAGGCUAGAGGCAGUGUUGCUGAGGUCUCGUCGAAAUGAGGACGCUGGCUCUUAUGUUAUGGGUGGCGCUUGCUAUUGCAGCGACCAUCGCCCUACCCGUUAAGGACACAGAAUUAGCUGAUGUAUCCCGAGAAAAACGAUCACCGACCGGCUGGCACUCCGAGCCCGAGGGAGUCUGGGAGAAGAAACUGGUGUGGAAGGAGGAUUGGAAACAAGUCUGGAAAACUGAGAAAAAACUCGUCUGGAAAACUGAAUGGAAAAAAGAGAAAGUACCCGCCUGGAAAACCGAACAAGUUCAACAAUGGAAGGAGGAACAAGUCCCCGCGUGGAAAGUAGUCCAGAAACCGAUCUGGAAGGAAGUACAAGUGCCCAUUUGGAAGGAAGUCCAAGUUCCCGACUGGAAGAAAGUCUGGAAACCAGUGUGGAAGGAAAUCCAGGUGCCCGUCACGAAAGCUGUACAAGUACCCGAGUGGAAACAAAACUUCGUUCCCGAAUGGGUUAAGGAAGGCGUUCCCGGAGAAAAAUAUUUAGGUAAGGACGACCACGGUUGGGAAUACACCAGUCACGAUCUAUGGAGGAAGAAACUCAUCUGGAAACCAGUGUGGAAGAAAGUAUGGAAAACCGUGCACAAGCAAGAGUGGGUCACCGAAAAGAAAUUGGAAUGGAAAGAAGAAUGGAAACAAAUCUGGAGAACGGAGAAGAAACAAGCUUGGGUAACAGAGAAGAAACAGGAAUGGGUUGAAGAGAAGGUUCAAGUUUGGAAGACUAUCAAGAAGGAAGUCUGGGUUCCUGUACAGAAGAAAAUCUGGGUAGAAAAGUCCAAGGAGGUUCAAGUACCAGUCUGGAAAACAAUCGAAGUGCCGGCGUGGAAAAAGGUAUGGAAACCAGUAUGGCAAAAGGUCUGGGUUCCUGUACAUCACGACCACCAUCACGAACACCACGGAUGGGACUAAUGUUAGGUAGGAACCAAGCUAUUUUGUACAUAUAGAGAUACGCCAAACAUAGUCAUUUGUUAACUAAUGUUACCAUUACCGAGGUUUUGUUUAAAUUGUAUAGUUUUCAAUGCCCAAUGCCACCGGUAAUUAUUUGUAUACCAAAAACUCUAGUAAGGUGGUUGCACACUUUGUUGCAGCGUAACAACUAUAAUACACUGAAACCGAACAAUAUAAUUACAGGAUUUCGAAUACGCAUAUUAACAAGGUUGUAAAGCUUGCAGUUACGUGUACAAUGUACAUCCACCUUUAGUGCACGCAAAGGUGAAUGGAUUUGUUCCUGACUUCGAAACGUUUUCGCUCUAUGUUUACACUUCUAAGGUUUGUGGUCAUACAUUCUUACGUAUGAACAAAUAGCGGUAUCCAUCUCCCUAUUGUUAUAGUUAUAAAUAGCGAAUUUUAUUGCGAAUGCGAUGUAUUUAGCUUUGCGUGCGCCUAGAGAAAUGAUAACCAAAGUCAUUUAUUUCUGAAUUCGAUACAAUAGCUAAUGAUUGUAAUUUUUUGGAUAUUCGGCAUUGAGUCGAUCCGUUUAUUUAAGGACGUAACACGUUGUAAGCUGUAUAUAUAUUUUUAGUCACUAAUAGAAGAUUUUGUAGCCACAAUUCAAUUUACGCGAAUGUAAAUUUGAUUGUGACUUCCUUAUCAUGUCUUUAAUUAACAUUUCUUUUUAUGGAGGCUAAAUUAAUAUUUACUAAAUUCUAAUACGAAAUUUAUCAAAUUGAACCAAUUAUAUAUUAGAUAAAAAACGAAGAAGUCAUAUGUAUUGUCUCUUGCAUAUCCAUUUGUAUUCGAUACUUUAUAUUUGAGAUACCACCUAAAAUUUCAACAUUUUACGUUUGUCAAAUUUUAUCUUUUAUCAAAGAUUUUUAUUUUUUUAUCAUAUUGAUAAGUUUACCAAAAAAUGUACGUGUGUCUAUCUAUAAUACCUUACUUGUCGACGUUGUCGUGCUGUUGAGUACAAUAAUUAUUAACAUUUACGUACUUUUUGAGAUUUUAUACAAUAUACGAAGUUUAAAUA